UGUUUUUAUGGCCGACUUUAUUAUGUGUAUAUUUCGACUUUAAUCCACAUCAUUUUCAAACCCCAGCUAUAAUUAUACCUCGUCUCUGCCCAUACCAAUCCGACAACCUUUACUUCUGUUAGCCAUGGCAUCUGCUUCUUCUCCAUCAACUUUCACCGAUCUCCACCCACUCAUCAUCCAGACCCAUAUCCUACCACGACUCGACGGUCAAUCACUCUCCUCCGCCGCAACUGCAUCAUCGUAUAUACGAGCCCUAUGCGCCGAUGACAUGCUCUGGGCUGACAUCUGCAAGUCCACAUGGCCGUCGAUAACCCACCCACGUAUUCACCACCUCAUCUCCACCUUCCCCGCCGGUCACCGCUCUUUCUUCCAAGACUCUUUUCAGCCUCCAAUCACAGUCGUCAAACACCCUAACCACCAUCGUUCCUACUCUAUCUCCCACCCAGAUUGCUCCUUAACUCAUCAACCUUUUCCAUCUGAACUCAUCUCGGCUGUGGAUAUACGCUACCAUGACGACAUCAUUUACUCCAGAGCCGAAUUCACCGACACCACAACCGAUUUUCUAUCAUCGGCGUUCAAGAUUGUGCUAAACGAUGAUCCAGAAGUCACCGGAAUGCCUCGAUCCAUUGACUUUAAUGUCGAGGACGUGGUAGACUCCGACGACGCAACAAUAUCACACCUUCAAGAAUCUAUAACACUAAACUGGAUCUUAAUUGAUCCGACCCUGAAACAAGCGGUAAACCUAUCCAGCAUUAAACCUGUUCUUGCAUGGAUAACUGACAGCAUCUAUCUCCGAUACGUCGUCGUUCUACCCGGGUGCAACGCAAAUGAAACGGUUGAAUGUAGAAUAGAGGUGAAGCUGGGCGCUGGUAAAGGAGGGGUCGCGUUGUACGUAAGGGAGGUUAUAGUCAAUGUACAAAACGUGGCUUGUAAUCAUUUGAGCGGGAAGGACUUUUUGGUAAUUACAAGGAAGGCAUUUUUGGAAAGAUAUAAUAUCAGGAGGGAUGUAGUCGAGUGUGAGGCUGGAAGGAAUCAAACAAAAUGUGUAAAAGGUGAUGAAACCAUUAGCGGUUUCGUGGGUCACUGUUAUAUUAUUCCCAGGGUGUCAUUCUUAUUGUGCUUUUGCUUUUUGCAUAUAUUAUAUUGUAAUAUAAUAUGAUGUUCAACCAA